AAUGGUAAAAAAGGCAGUUUAAUAAUCGAGACGCCUCUCCUUUUUUCUUUUGGCGUAAACGAAAAGAAGAACCAAGAAACAAAUAAAUUAGGCGGUUAUAGCAUUCCAACAUGUCUUUGGGCUAAAGAUAGUGAGCCAAAUCCUAAAGAAAAAGCAUUUUUUGAAGCUAUAAACAAUAUAACAUCUAUUUGCCAGCAACAUCUAGAGAAUGAAUACGGCGCAGAUCUAGCAUCAUCUCUGUCUUCACCAUUUUACUACAAGCAGAUUGAAUAUACUGAUAAGAAAGGAAAGAAGAAAACAAAAAUGGACCCCUCAGUCGCGCCAGUUCUCUACACAAAACUUAUUUACUCAGAAAAAUCAAAGAAAAUUCUUUCUUUGUUUAAAACAAAAGGCAAAGAUAGUGUUAAUCCUUUUAAAUAUCUUGAUCAGUACUGUCAUGUGUGUAUGGCUUUAAUUAUCGAAGGGAUCUUUAUCAGUAAAACUGUUACAUCUCUCCAGAUCAAAGUGCAUGAGUGUUAUGUUAAACAAUUA